UAUGUAAAGUUCCUGGUCAUUUGGUAUAAAUUUCUAGUCUUGUGACAUCUCUGGCAGCUCCUUUAAAGGCUGUAUGCUUGAAUUGUAUCCUGCCUCACGUGUAAUUGGCUUUGGAUAAAAAUAAAUGACAGAAAUGUGGAAGCUCAGUGAGGUGUGUUUCGUGUUUACACCACUAGAGGUCAAUAUGAACACCAACACAAACAACACUCCGUGUGGAAACGUGUGGCUGUUUCCAUGCAGGUCGUUUUCAAUGAACUACCUGAAACACGGAUUUGCUGAGCACAUAUUCUAUGUCACGCUGUUCUGGAAUGGUUUCAGAGGCAGACUCCACUGAAAGCUUGCAUGAUGUCUCUGAGCUCACUCCUGCGCAUGAGACAUAACAUCAUAGGUUAUGAGGCAACACCUUUUAUCAGGACAAACUUUGAAAGACUUGUUGUGUAAGAUGGACCCAGGAAGACUUUUACCAUUCUUAUCACAAGUAAAUGCUCAGCAGCAGAUGCAGCACAAAUCAGAUACUUCAAAUAAGAGCUCUGUCAGGAGCCGAUGCUGUUAAUGCACUCCGGCCCUUUUACUUCGCGGUCCACCCUGACUUCUUUGGCCAGCAUCCAAGAGAGAGGGAAGUGAAUGAAAACUCUCUCAAAAGAUUAAAUGGCUAUUUAGAGAGUCUUCAAAAGCCAGGCUUUAGGUCUGUCAAGCCUACAAAACUCACUUUUUAUCUCAGGGAUAUAAGGGGGAAAACAGAGAGCAACAGUGACAUGCUGCAUUCUGAUUUCCGUUUGGUGACUUUUACUCUGCAGGCUAAGGAUGUCCUGUGCGCAGUGGUGGAUGUUUUGAAGUCCUGUAGCUUGUCAGUGGAACACAUGCAAGGACUUCUCACAGCCAGUGCCCAAACCCAAAACUCAGCACAAGAUGGAAUUCCUUUCUAUCGCCCGAUUAAAUGGGACAAGACGUACUACACAUUCACAGGCUUCAGAGACCCAGAACAGGAGCUGGAGCAGGCAAAGAAAGUGGAAGUCACACUCAGUCUGUGGCUGAGGAACAAUGAACCAGAGGCCACUAAGAAGCAGAAAGCCAGCGUUCCACGACGAGCCGAGCUGAAGAGACUGAAGAGAGAGCUCAUUGAGAAACUGGGCCUGCUUGAUAUCCGGUGGCAGCGCAAAUGGGGAGUUGCGCACAAAUGCUGUCAGAUGCAGAGUUUGAGACGCCUCUCUUCACAGUACCCAGAGGCCAUGCCUAAUCUCAGAGGGCACACAAUAGUCUUUACUGACCAAUCAGGAAUGAAUGCCUCAGGUCAUGUGAUGCUGGGAACAAUGGAUGUGCAUCAUCAGUGGACAAAGCUCUUUGAGAGGUUGCCUAGUUACAGCAGUCUGUUGCAGCAGACAGAGUGGCUAAAGGAUAGGAUCAGUUUCCUGUUAGGAGGGAUCCAGGUGAUCCAUAUGGAGCGUGUCAGUCUGGUGCUGCCUCUGGAGGACCACUAUAGCACCCUCAACACCUUCUACAAGAGACUCCUGCCUCACAGACUCGCCCUGCACCCUCGUAGCCUACAGGGUCUCACCAUGACUCUAGAAAAUGACCGUACUAGUCCUAGUCUCCAUGAGAUGGGCCAAUUCAUCAUCCCCACCAUGUGUGACCCUGUUCACCUACAGAACUUCCUUCAGAGCAACGCUCAGGAGGCCCGCAGACGUCUGCAGCGCAAGGAGAAGUUAGAGGCUGAGGAGGAGGAUGUGGUGUCCAUUUGCGUGCAGGGUCUGUCUCUGCGGAGUCUGACCAAAGAGCCCAGUGUCUCCAGCAGUCAGAUGAUCCCGUGCUGCAGGCGUUUGAUCGAGGAGCGGUCUCCUUAUAUGCAGGGCCUGCAUCUCUGCAUCUCGCACUUCUACUCCGUCAUGCAGGAUGGUGAUUUGUGUAUACCUUGGGAUUGGAAGGGCUGACACACUCUCACAGGUGUUCAAAUACAAGCACUUUGUGUGUUCAUGUGCUGUCAUGUAGGUGUGCAGGCUUGUGGUGAAGGUGUGGUUUAUAUGCAGUAUGAUAUUGAAUGCACUUUAGUUUUGUGAUGCAGGCAGAUGGGUGGUCCGCUUGUAAAGGCAAGAGAAUUUGGGAAGGGAGCUUGUGUUGAUUGUUUCAGUAUAUCGGUUAUGUGUACUCUAAAUGUGAGCACUUGAGGAGUAGUCUCAUUUCAGUUUGCUGCAUUUGAUGGCCAUGAGCCAAACAUUCAGUCAGGGUACUUUUAUAUGUCAGAGUGACAGUUUCAGUUGAAAUAUAGAAUCUGAAGGCAACACUGACAGACCAUAUUAUAACGUCAUUACUGUGGCUGUCCGCCACAUAAUUCUUGGAAUUAAUGUCUGUUAUCACUGGGUUAAUCUUUUAAAAGGUGUCUGAAACAAUUAGUGUUAAGCGUCUUUUUGUUGAGUACUCAGAUUAACUCUGUAUAACUCAACGAAUGACUGCCAGAGGAGGUAUGGAAUAAGCUUUGCAGUUUUAGUAAGCUACACUGCCUGAAAGAAUUGCAGUCUAUGUAAUGCACCUGAUGUCCAGUAGAUGGAGCUCCUCUACAGUGUUAAGGAACUCCACUGAACAUGUACAAAAACAUCCAAUUCACUACACUAUCAAUCAUUUGUCCUCAUAACUCAAUCUUACAUUUCAUGUAAUAUACUACAACUUUGAACUAAGACUUUAAAUGGUUAUUACUGUGUUAAAUAUCUGACUACAAGAUUUAAACCUCAGACACUUUUUAAAAGCUGUCUCUGAAUUUCCAAAACAGUUUCUGUGCUGAACGCUGCUCCUUAAAACUCUCAUGCACUUCAACAGCUGUCUCAGGAGCAUGGUUGUGAUUUGACACUUAACUAUAAAUCUUAAAUCUAUUCUGUUUACCUGUCUGUAGGAGCUCUUAUGUGAGAGUGUCUAUUUUAAUGUUUCCUAGUUAAAUAUGCACACUAUGUGGACACACACAAACACAUACAUAUAUACAUACAUACAUACAUACAUGCAUACAUGCAUGUAUACCGAUCAGCCAACAUUAAAACCACUGACAGGUGAUGUGAACAACAUUGAUUAUCUCGUUACAAUGGCACCUGUCAAGGUGUGGGAUAUAUUAGGCAGUAAGUGAACAGUCGGUUCUCGAAGAUGAUGUAUUGGAAGCAGGAAAAAUGGGCAAGCUUAAGGAUCUGAGCGACUGAGGACCAAAUUGUGAUGGCUAGAUGACUGGGUCAGAGCGUCUCCAAAAUGGCAGGUCUAUUCCUGGUAAGCAGUGGUUACUACCUACCAAAAGUGGUCCAGGGAAGGACAACUGGUGAACUGGUGACACGUUCAUGGGCGCCCAAGGCUCAUUGAUGCGGUUGGGGAGCAAAGGCUAGCCUGUCUGGUCCGAUCCCACAGUAGAGCUACUGUAGCAUAAAUUGCUGAAAAAGUUAAUGCUGGCUAUGACAGAAAGGUGUCAGAACACACAGUGCAUCACGGCUUGCUGCGUAGCCGCAGACUGGUCAGAGUACCCAUGCUGACCCAUAUAAAAAGUCUACACACUCCUGUUAAAAUGGCAGGUUUUUGUGAAGUGAAAGAUAGACACUAAGAUAAAUCAUGUCAAAUCUUUUCUCACCUUUAAUGUGCAACCGCAAAGUAUACAAAUAAAAUGAAAACAAUCAUUCAAAACAAAAAUUUUUAUGGGGGGACAAAUAAAAAUAAAAAAGCUUACAAUUUAUUUUUCCACUCAUUCUUGCAAAAACAUCAAAUUUUAAGGGCAUCUCCUGUGCACAGUUCACUUCAGGUCACCCCACAGAUUUUUAUAUGGGUUCAGGUCUGGGCUCUGGCUCGGCCAUUCAGAAACAUUGAUCUUCUUUUGGUUACGCAAUUCCUUUGCAAUGGCACUGUCGUGCUGAAAGGUUAGAAUCCUUUUCAUCAUCAGCUUACUAGCAGACGCCUGAACGUUUUGCAGUAAAAUCGGCUGGUAUUUUUAGCUAUUCAUGAUUCCUUCCACUUUGAUAAAAGCCCCAGUUCUGGAUGAAGAAAAGCAGCCCUAAAGCACGAUGCUGCCACCACCAUGCUUCAACAUGGGUAUGGUGUUCUUUUGGUGAUGUGCUUUCUUUGUGUCAAACAUAUCUUUUGGAAUUAUGGAAAUAUUUUACCUUUUGGAAUUGGUCUCAUCAAACCAUAACACAUUUUACCACAUGGUUUGGGGUUGGAAGUUUUUUUUGUUUUUUUUUUUUUUUGUGAGGAAAGGGCUUCUUUCUAGCCUCCCUACCCUAAAGCCCAGAAAUGGGAAGAACACAAGAGAUUGUUGUCCCAUGCAGAGAGUAAUCAGUACUUGUCGGAUAUUCCUGCAGCUUCUUUAAUGUUGCAGUAGGUCACGUGGCAGCCUCCCUGGUAAGAUUUUGUCUUGUCCUUCUGUAAAUUUUGGAGAGAUGUCCUGUACUUUGUAAUUUCACUGUGGUGCUCCACUAGUUGUUGAUGGCCUUCACAGUGUUCCAUGGUACAGCUAAUGUUUUGGAACUUCUUUUAUACCCCUCUCCUGAUAUUCAAUUACAAAAGAGUGUGCACACUUAUGCAACCAGGUUAUUGUAAGUUUUUGUGUUUGUUUGUUUUAAUUUUUCCUAUUUUUCCUUAAAAUAUUUCUGAUUGUUUUUCACAAAUAUCUGUGUGUGUGUGUGUGUAUGUAUGUAUGUGUGUGUGUGUGUGUGUGUGUGUGUGUGUGUAUAAUAUAUAGUGUGUGUGUCACAGUUCUGCUUUAUAGAUAACCGCAAUUUCUGUAUGCAGAUGAGUUAGACUAAUUUAUUUUGUAGUUAUGCUGUAUAUUAUGAUGCAUGGUUAAAUUAAAACAUUGAUCUGAUGAGGAAGGUAAAUGUAUAAAAUAUGUUUAUGUGUAAAGUAAAUUUGUCGUUUUCUGUAAGUGUCUAAAAGAACAGUUGAGUUUAAUAAAACUGAUCUCUAUUACUGCCUUAUUUUUUUCUCUUUUUAAAUUUGUUACUACUGUAUUAUUGUCCUUGAGACAAAUUGCUCAAUUUACUUUACGUUCAUGGAAGGAUAAUUUUACUUUUUGGAGAAUGUAAAAAAUUGAGUUUAUGAACUGUUAAUAAAUUAAUUUUAUUCAA